UUUUUCUUCUUCUAAAAAAGGUGACACUGCUGGGGGCGCACGCCAUGUUCGGCAGCUCGCUUCCCCGGCCAGUGCUGUACGGGCUGGCAGCGGUGGGCUUCCUCAACAGUGUGCUCAUGUGGGCAGCAAUGAAUAUUCUCCACUGGCUGAGUCCUUCACUGUACGAACGCUGUCUCCACUGGCGCUGCGCGCUCUCCAAGAUCACUUUCCCAAAUGCCAAGUACAAGUUCGACGACUCGGUUUUAAUCCGCCAGUGGCCCUUGGUGAUGCUCUGGUGGAGGAUGGCAGUAGCCGAGAUCCGCAAGCAGGCGGUGCAGGGCCAGCGCUCGCCCGACCCCCGGCUCGUGAGCCUGGAUCUGCAGCGGCGGCCGCGGCUGCUGGAGCUGCAGCGCGCCGACCGGCCGCUGGUGCUGGUAUUCGGCUCGGCCACCUGACCCCCAUACAUAAACCAGGUUGGCGCGCUGCUGCGGCUCGUCGCCGAGGCACGUGGCCGUGCCGACUUCGCGUUCAUAUACCUGCGUGAAGCGCACCCGGUGGACGCGCAGCACUUCGGCCCGGCCGGCCAGGCGGGCGUCAACAUCGAGACGCACGCCAGCCUGGAGGAGCGCGCCGCCGCCGCCCGCUGGCUGGUGGAGCAGGAGGGCAUCGACCGCAACUGCGUCUACCUGGACGACAUGGACGACCAGGCGAGCGCCGCAUUCAACGGCUUCCCCGACCGUCUGGCGGUGGUGCGCCGUGGUGUAUGCGAGUACCUCGGUGAUCCUGGGCCCUGGGGUUUCAACAUAGCUGCGGUCAGGGAAUGGCUGGACCGUCACGGAUGUCUUAAGGACGCAUAGGGCAGUAUCCCCUUCGCAAAGUAUAAAGAUUGGUUAGUGGCUACUUGGAUAAGAGCCCUUUCGACCAGUAAUGAUCAUUUCAGAGCUAUGGGAUGAAGGAGAGUGGAUCACGGUGGAGCAGGGCUACAUGUGCCU